AUGUACGGCGCCGGUCAAGGCCCUCAGAUGGGCAUUUCCACCCCCAGAUCCAGCGCUUCUCUUCGGCCGUUGACCCUCUCCCACGGCUCUCUCGAGACUUCUCUCCUCAUUCCCACCAACCUCCAUUUCCAAGCCUCUCAGUUAAAAGACAAGUUUGUCGCCAGUCUACCCGAAGCCACCGAUGAGCUUGCCCAGGAUGACGAGCCAUCCUCCGUUCCCGACUUGGUCGCUAGAUACCUCGGUCUCAUCGCUCAUGAGGUCGAUGAGGGCGAGGAUGAUGAACAAGGCUCCUACGAGGAUGUUCUGAAGCUCGUUCUGAACGAAUUUGAGCGCAAUUUCCUCCGUGGUAACGAGGCCCACGCCAUUGCCACCAGCCUGCCCGGUAUUGAGUCCAAGAAGCUCGACUUCAUCCGCAGCUACUACACCGCUCGUGCUGUGUGCAACCGACCGAUCAAGCCUCACGCUUCAGCCCUUUUCCGAGCAGCUAAGGAUGGUGACGCCGAAAUCUACACAAUUUUCGGCGGUCAGGGUAAUAUUGAGGAGUACUUUGAGGAGCUGCGAGAGAUUUUCAAGACAUACUCAAGCUUUGUCGGUGACCUCAUCACCCGCUCAGCUGAGCUGCUACAGACUCUCUCAGAGAACCCCAAGGCCGAGAAGAUGUUCCCCAAGGGUCUUGAUAUCAUGAACUGGCUUCUCAACAAGGACUCUACUCCUGACGUCGACUACCUAAUUUCGGCACCCAUAAGUUUCCCUCUUAUUGGCCUUGUCCAGCUUGCCCACUACGAGGUGACAUGUAAGGUCCUUGGCGUGCACCCUGGUAUGCUGCGCGAAAGAAUCACCGGUUCCACUGGUCACUCUCAAGGCAUUGUCAUGGCCGCCGCCACCGCCGCUGCGGACUCCUGGGAAUCAUGGCAAGAUAUUUCUAGCUCUGUCCUGACCAUGCUGUUCUGGAUCGGAACCCGAAGCCAGCAGGCGUUCCCCAUCACCUCCAUGACCCCUACUAUGCUUCGCGAGUCUUCGGAGCACGGCGAGGGCGCUCCCACUCCCAUGCUUAGCAUUCGAGGCCUUCCUCAGGCUGAGGUUCAGAAGCACAUCGAUGCUACCAAUCACUACCUUCCCGAGAACCGCCACAUCAGCAUCUCCCUCAUCAACAGCCCCCGAAACCUAGUUGUGACAGGACCUCCCACUUCUCUCUACGGCCUCAACGCCCAGCUUCGCAAGAUCAAAGCUCCCAUUGGUCUGGACCAGAGCCGAAUUCCUUUCACCGAGAGAAAGGUUCGCUUUGCCAACCGAUUCCUGCCUGUCACUGCACCCUUCCAUAGCAAGUAUCUCGGAGAGGCUACUACCAUGAUUGACGACGAUCUCAAGGACAUCUCAAUCGAUUCCAGCGACCUUGGCAUUGCCGUGUUCGACACCAACACUGGCAAGGAUCUUCGAGAGGAAGUUAAGGGCAACAUUGUCCCUGCCCUUGUCCGCUUGAUCACUCGUGACCCUGUCAACUGGGAGAAGGCCACUGUCUUCCCGGGUGCCACUCACAUUCUGGACUUCGGUCCUGGUGGUGAUUCCGGUCUUGGUGCUCUGACUAGCCGAAACAAAGAGGGCACUGGCGUGCGUGUCAUCUUGGCUGGUACUGUCGAUGGUGCCAUGAGCGACAUCGGCUACAAGGCAGAGCUCUUUGACAGAGAUGAGGAGAACGCUGUCAAGUAUGCCAUUGACUGGGUUGAGGAAUUCGGGCCCAAGCUCGUGACGAACAAGAGCGGUCGAAUAUACUUGGACACCAAGAUGAGUCGUUUCCUUGGUCUCCCUCCAAUCCUUGUCGCUGGUAUGACUCCUACCACUGUUUCGUGGGACUUCGUUACCGCUACUAUGGAUGCUGGGUACCACAUUGAGCUUUCAGGUGGUGGUUACUUCAAUAGUUUGAUGAUGACCGAUGCAAUCACCAAGAUCGAGAAGGCUAUUCCCGCUGGUCGUGGUAUUUCUGUCAACUUGAUCUACGUUAACCCUCGUGCCAUGGCUUGGCAGAUUCCCCUAAUCGGCAAGCUUCGAUCCGAGGGCGUUCCCAUUGAGGGUCUCACAAUCGGUGCUGGUGUUCCCUCUAUGGAGGUUGCCCAGGAGUAUAUCGAGACCCUGGGCCUUAAGCACAUCAGUUUCAAGCCCGGCUCCGUCGAUGCUAUCCAGUCUGUUAUCAACAUCGCCAGGGCCAACCCCCACUUUCCCAUUAUGCUCCAGUGGACUGGUGGCCGCGGUGGUGGUCAUCACUCUUUCGAGGAUUUCCACCAGCCUAUCCUUCAGAUGUAUGGCCGUAUUCGACGGCAGGAGAACAUCAUCCUUGUUGCCGGUAGUGGUUUCGGUGGUGCGGAUGACACCUAUCCCUACAUCACUGGUGAAUGGGCCAAGAAGUAUGGCUACCCUCCCAUGCCUUUCGACGGUUGCUUGUUCGGUAGCCGCAUGAUGGUUGCCAAAGAGGCUCACACCAGUAAGGACGUGAAAGAGGCUAUUGUUGCCGCCCCUGGCCUCGAGGACAGCGAUUGGGAGCAAACCUAUAAGGGACCUGCUGGUGGGGUUCUUACCGUUCGAUCUGAGAUGGGUGAGCCCAUGCACAAACUCGCUACUCGUGGAGUCCGCUUCUGGGCCGAGAUGGACCAGAAGAUCUUCAGCCUACCCAAGCAAAAGAGGGUUACCGAACUCAACAGGAACAAGGACUAUAUCAUUAAGAAGCUUAAUGAUGAUUACCAGAAGGUCUGGUUCGGUCGCAACAAAGAGGGUAAUGCUGUCGAUCUGGCCGACAUGACGUAUGCUGAGGUUCUGCGACGUCUGGUCGAGCUCCUCUACAUCGGGCACCAGUCCCGCUGGAUCCACCACUCCUACGCCUUCCUCGUCGGUGACUACAUUCAUCGUCUCGAGGAGCGAUUAGCUUCCACCCCUGGCAAGGCAUCUCUCCUUCAGAGUUACUCCGAGCUCAACGAGCCUUUCGAGGUGACCGACCGUAUCCUUACCGCUUAUCCUGAGGCUGAGACCCAGAUCUUGAAUGCCCAGGACGUUCAGCACUUCCUGAUCUUAUGCAGGCGACCCGCUCAGAAGCCUGUCAACUUCAUCCCUAUCCUUGACGAAAACUUCGAGUUCUACUUUAAGAAGGACUCUCUCUGGCAGUCUGAGGAUUUGGAUGCUGUUGUUGGCCAAGACGUUGGCCGAACAUGUAUUCUCCAGGGUCCUGCCGCUGCCAAGUUCUCGACUCAGAUUGAUCAGCCCAUCCAGUCUAUUCUCGACAGUAUCCAUGAGUCUCACGUGGAAUACCUGAUUCGGGAUCUAUAUAACAAUAACAAGGCUGCCAUCCCCUACAUCGAGUACUUUGGUGGUAAGCUUGUUGACCCCGAGAUGCCCCAAGACGUCGAGGGCUUGACUGUGACCUACGACAACUACAAGAACACCUACCGCCUGUCAUCGUCUGUCGCUGCCACCCUCCCUAAGCUUGAUUCUUGGCUGUCUCUGGUCGCUGGCCCCAACCGUAACUGGCGUCACGCUCUGCUUAUGGCCGAUGUUGUUGCCCAGGGCCAGAAGUUUCAGGCCAACGCUAUCCGACGCAUCUUUGCUCCUUCUCGUGGUCUGUUUGUUGAGAUCUCUUACCCUAAUGAUCCUUCCAAGACCACCAUCGUUGUUCGUGAGCAGCACCGCCACAACCAGUACAUCGAUGCCAUCGAGGUUAAGCUCGUUGGUAAGAACAAGAUCCAGGUCAACAUGAUCAAGGAGACCACUGCUCUCGGCAAGCCUGCUGCUCUGCCUUUGGAGUUCACCUACCACCCGGAGGCUGGAUACUCUCCUAUCCGUGAGGUUAUGGAGGGUCGCAACGACCGCAUCAAGGAGUUUUACUGGAAGGUGUGGUUCGGCGAGGAGCCCCUCGACCUCGACGCUGAUGUCACUGCUAAGUUCGAUGGUGGUAAGACUACCAUCACUGGCGAGGCCGUCAAUGACUUCGUGCACGCUGUUGGCAACCACGGUGAGGCUUUUGUCGACCGACCUGGUAAGACUGUCUAUGCUCCCAUGGACUUUGCCAUUGUUAUUGGCUGGAAGGCCCUUGCCAAGCCUCUCUUCCCUCGCACCAUUGAUGGUGACCUUCUGAAGCUUGUCCAUCUUUCCAACCAGUUCCGCAUGAUCCCUGGCGCAGAACCUCUCAAGAAGGGCGACGAGGUCUCCACUACUGCCCAGAUCAACGCCGUCAUCAACCAGGAGGCUGGCAAGAUGGUUGAGGUCUGUGGUACACUCGUUCGUGAUGGAAAGCCUGUCAUGGAGAUCACUUCUCAGUUCUUGUACCGUGGUACCUAUACUGACUACGAGAACACCUUCCAGCGAAAGGUUGAAACUCCCAUUCAGGUUCACCUCGCCACCACACGGGAUGUUGCUAUCCUUCGCUCCAAGCAGUGGUUCUCUAUCGACGAGCUCCCUCAGAACAUUGACCUGCUCGGUCAGACUCUGACUUUCCGGCUCCAGAGCUUGGUUCGCUACAAGAACAAGACUGUCUUCAGCAGUAUCGAGACCCGGGGCCAGGUUCUGCUCGAGCUCCCCACUAAGGAGAUCAUCCAGGUUGGCAGCGUUGACUACGAGACUGGAGAGUCUCACGGCAACCCCGUUGUCGACUAUCUUGAGCGCAAUGGCCAGCCUAUCGACCAGCCCAUCAACUUCGAGAACUCCAUCCCUCUCAGUGGCAAGUCUCCUCUCGCCCUUCGAGCCCCUUCCUCCAACGAGAACUACGCUCGCGUGUCUGGUGACUACAACCCCAUCCACGUCUCUCGUGUAUUCUCCAGCUAUGCCAACCUCCCUGGCACCCUCACCCACGGCAUGUACUCUAGUGCAUCCGUACGAAGCCUGAUCGAGACCUGGGCCGCUGAGAACAACAUUGGCCGUGUCCGAAGCUUCCAUGCCUCACUUAUCGGCAUGGUUUUGCCUAACGAUGAGCUCGAGGUCAAGCUCCAGCACACUGGCAUGGUUUCUGGUCGCAAGAUCAUCAAGGUUGAGGUCCGCAACAAGGAGACCGAAGAUAAGGUUCUCGAGGGUGAGGCUGAGGUCGAACAACCUGUGACUGCAUAUGUCUUCACUGGACAGGGCUCCCAGGAGCAAGGUAUGGGUAUGGAGUUGUAUGCCAGCAGCCCCGUUGCCAAGGAGGUCUGGGACCGCGCUGACAAGUACCUCCUCGAUGCUUACGGUUUCUCCAUCACCAACAUUGUCAAGAACAACCCCAAGGAGCUCACCAUUCACUUUGGUGGACCUCGUGGCAAGGCUAUCCGCCAGAACUACAUGGCGAUGACUUUCGAGACUGUCGCUGCAGAUGGUAGCAUUAAGUCUGAGAAAAUCUUCAAGGAGAUUGACGAGACCACUACCUCAUACAUCUACCGUUCCCCUACUGGCCUUCUCUCGGCCACUCAGUUCACCCAGCCUGCCCUUACCCUCAUGGAGAAGGCCAGCUUCGAGGACAUGAAGGCCAAGGGACUUGUGCCGAACAACAGCACCUUUGCUGGUCACUCGCUAGGCGAAUACUCGGCCCUGGCUGCCCUUGCCGAGGUCAUGCCCAUUGAGAGCUUGGUGUCCGUUGUGUUCUACCGAGGUCUCACCAUGCAGGUUGCCGUCGAGCGUGACGCCGCUGGCCGAUCCAACUACUCAAUGUGUGCUGUCAACCCCAACCACAUCAGCAAGACCUUCAACGAGGCUGCUCUCCAGUUCGUCGUUGACAACAUCGCUGAGGAGACUGGCUGGCUCCUUGAGAUUGUCAACUACAACAUUGCCAACAUGCAGUACGUGUGCGCUGGUGACCUGCGUGCGCUCGACACUCUUGCCGGUGUGGCCAACUUCAUCAAGGUCCAGAAGCUCGCCAUUGAAGAGGUCAGGGACAACAUUGAGGAGGUCAAGGGACACCUCCGCGAGAUCAUUCGUGGCUGUGCUAAGAAGACGCUUGCCAAGCCCACUCCUCUUGAGCUGGAGCGUGGCUUUGCUACAAUCCCCCUCCGUGGUAUCGAUGUGCCCUUCCACUCGACCUUCCUUCGGUCUGGUGUCAAACCCUUCCGAUCUUUCUUGCUCAAGAAGAUCAACAAGACAUCUAUCGAUCCCUCCAAGCUGGUCGGAAAGUACAUCCCCAACGUGACGGCCAAGCCGUUCGCACUGACCAAGGAGUACUUUGAGGAUGUGUACAAGCUGACCAAUUCGCCUAAGAUUGGUGCUAUUAUAGCUAACUGGGACAAGUAUAACCAGGACGAGGGCGCUACCAACGGUGUUGAGAGUAGCGACAGCUCCAGUGGCGACUACGAGGCCUCAGGCCGAGCUGCUUAA